AAUAAUGAAAACCCUGCGACAUUAUCCGAAACCAGUACCUAAUCCCCAAGGGCAGAAAUCGGAAUCAUCUGUCCAGUGGUUUGGUGACUGGACUCCAGUGUGGCCGGAUGCUGUCCAGAACAUGACUAAACAACGACAACCAAAAUCCCAGGACAAUGAUUCCGGACUCGAGGAUGUAGCUAACAUUGGUCUCACCAUCCAAGAUAUCGAGUUCAGGUCUCGUCAUACUCCUCGCUAUUUCAACGAAAGCUUCGAUGAUUUGAUAGAGUACCUUGUCAUGGGUGUCGACGCAUCAUCACAGCCCGAUAUGUUGGUUUGUCGCGCGCUGGUGGGCUGGCUGAGUAGUCAGAAGCUGAACACCUUCAAACAUUUAACAGGGACGGAGGACACACCUGAAGGAUGCCUGGCUCUACUGGCGCAGAGGCGCACGACCUUCUCCACUGUUUUCACCAUCAUAUGCCGGAAGGCCGACAUAGCAUGUGUUCAGAUCGGAGGGAUGUGUAAAGCGCUCGGGAGAUAUCAACCAGGGGAUACUAACAUGACGAAUUUAGCUUGUCUGUGGAACGCGGUCUAUAUUGAAAAACAUUGGUACAUCAUUCAUCCUAUAUGGAUGUGUAGGGCCUACGUUGGCACAAAAUCUAAUGGUUGGUUCAAGUUUGUAGAGAAACCCCAGCAACUAUUAAACUUCAACAAAUUUGCAUUCACGGAAUAUUAUGUUAUGACGGAACCCGAGGAGUUUAAGUUCACAUGUUAUCCAUUCGACCCGCAGUGGCAACUACAACAAAAGCCCAUGUCCAGGAAGGAGUUUCUAGAACAACCGUAUCUACUGCCACCAUUUUUUGGUUUGGGGCUCGUACUGAAAACAAAACAUGCUUGUGUUCUAGACGCAAUCAACGGUAAAGCCGUUAUCGAAAUCGAAGCUAAGGCAAAAAACUCGAAUCUACUUCAUCUUUGGUAUGGAUUAUCCUUCGGAAAUAACACUUCGUUGCUGAAUGAAUCCGACAGAGAGUUUGUAGAUCCUCAAGUAAUACCAAAACACGUGCGGAUGCUUCGAUUUGGAAACAAAUGGAAAUUUGACAUCCAUCUUCCCGUGGAGGGUGUAUAUAAGUUUGCAGUAUUUGCUGGUCCGAAUCAAAAUCCAUUGGUGCGAGUUUGUGAGUUCCUUUUGAAGUGUUCAUCUCGGAAAUCUGACUGUCUCCCUCUUAGAAUUGACCCUGGAUCUAUUGGUUUCGGACCAAACAUUUCAUCUGAACGAGUUGGUCUUGUGAUUCCCUUAAAACGCCGGGGCGAUAUCUUUGUAAGGAAGGGGGAUGUGUUCAACGCGAAAUUUCUAGUCGAUGGAAAUUUCGCAGAUAAGAUAGAAGUAAAGGCGACAUUUUACGCCUCUGGAUUCGCUGGUUCGAGAACAGAGAAAGUGUCAUGUGAAAUAAACAGAAAACAAAGAGAAGUAUCUAUUACUGCCACAUUACCAAACGAUGGAGAGUACAUUCUGACGGUUUGGACUGCCAGCAACUUUGAACAGCGUAAACGAAAUGGCUACCAACCUGUGUGUCAUUAUCUGUUAUCGUCGUACAUUACACCUGUGCAACAGUCUCCUCGACAAAGACAUCAGAGACGGAAACUCCAAGUUGCCAUGGAAGCAGAGGAUAUGAAUGGAAUGGAAAAUGCCAUAGUGCAUUGCAUUAAAGAAGGAAUAGACCCGGAAGAUGACGAGGUUGAAUAUGCUAAACUCAAAUGUCAGAUUCUCAAAGCAAGGAGAGAUAUACACGACUGCAUUCUUAGGAAAAACCUGGAUAUUACUCUACAAACUCUGAAGUUCAUCAGACAAUCCAAACUGACCAAAGUCCUCUGCCAGGAAAUCGUGACAUUGGUCAAGUUAAAGGAAGGACAAGACUACGGCCAUGUUGGUUCAGACUGGGAGGAGACUGAUUCGGAGUAUUCUCUUCAGUACUCUCUAAAUUCCCUACAAGGAUGGAAUCAGGACAACAAUUAGGAUACAAAUAAUAUGUUAACUCGAUAUACUUGACUUGCAUUGGUGUCUGUGGUACAGAUACGUUCAUUUCCGAAAAUUAGAUUUAGGUUUAUUGUUAACUAUCAUUCAUUAACAUAAUAGUCUAGUGUGUAUUUCAAACUAAGUGAUCUAGUAAAAUGGUUACUAUCCAAAAGAAUAUUUGACAAGUCUGCUUACUUCAAGGAGUUACUUCCCCUUAAAUAAAUCUUUCAUAUCUAUGUGUCUGUAUGUCUUACCGCAUGUUGUCACCUCAAGAAGAAGACUUAGACAGGUUUUGCCUGAUAUCUUAUCCUUAUGACUUUCUCCAUUUCAAUGAAAUUUGUAGAAAUUGAAGAAAACAUUGUAGAAAAUUAAAUAAACAGGAGUUUAACUGGAUUUUA